UCUGAGUUAUGUUCCGCAUUCUGGGGCUUCACCAUGAAGUCCGUAUCUUCAAUAUUGGUGCUAUGCAAUGUAGUAUUGGUUUAUUGUGGAAGUACCUUUGAAUCUACUGAUCAUAUUAACAACAAGAAAAUCUCAAACAAACAUGGUGAUGUGAUUGGUAAAAGUUUACCUAGACGUCAACGAUCACCAUUAUCUUAUGAUUCCAUCCCUUUCUACUCAAGUCCUCAUCCAUUUGGAGAGCAACUUCCAAUCUACCCAUGUAAUCAUGAAUACUUACACUAUAACCCAGUUGAAUGUUGUUUUGACACGGGUCAUUACCAAGGAGAAGCUGUAGUACAUAAAUUAGGUCAGGAGUACUUGUACAAUCCAGAUGAACAAACUAGCUUCACAGAAAAUCUUGAAUCCCCAGAAUUGUAUCCUGGAAGCUCGACAUUAGAACCAGAAACUCAAUUGGAACCUCCAAAUGUUGUGGAAAAAGAAGAAAUCAUGUCGGUGAAUCAUGACCAAGUACCUCCAGCCCUGCAUCAGAGGCCACACGAUGAUUUCCCGCACCAUGAACAAACUUUCACCAUGUCAAAGACCAAUUAUGGUGGUCUUCUUAAUUACGAAAAACCACAUUUUAUUCCUAACGAUCCAGUGGAUAGCUACAGAGGAGAACCAUACUACCCUGUAUCACAUAUUGUUAAUCCAGAAGGACAAAUACACCAUCAAGAGAUGUAUAACCAUCCACAGGAACAGAUUCGAUCCAAAGCUCCACUUUCAAACAUUAAAGUUGAUGGAUUUCAUCAUGAAGCCAAGCAAAGUUUUCAUGAUCUAAGUAAUAAUAAUAGACAAGAAACGUUGAGGGAUAAUGAUCACAAUUUUGACAAAGAAACCACUGAUAGCUGCUGUAUGGUUUCAAAAAGAUUUGGCCUCAGCCCAUCUAAAGUUUCUUAUAUGACUGACAAAAAAUGUUCAAUGGAAAGGGAAAGUAGUUCUAUGAAUGACCCAAGUAAAUGUUUGUCCAUAGAGUCACAAAUGGAGGAAAACUGUGGGAAAACCAAAAUACAUUCAUCACAAUUUGGCUCACAGUCAUAUAAAAUAAAACCGAAUUCAAUGAACAGGAAUACACGUUGUUCAUGUGAAUGUAAUACACCCAAGCCUACACGUAAUGAUGGCAUGGAUCAAAGUGGAAUUCAUAGCUUAUUGUCAAAUGAACAGUUCAAUGAAUUAAAAUCAAUUUUGAAGUCUCUUGUUGAAAACAAUAGUUCAAAAAAUGGGGGUCCAGAAACUUCUAUAGACUUUCGUCCACAAAAGUAUUCUAAAUCUUCUGGACAUAAUGGCUGCAGCUGUAAAACUCUGAACAAGUUGUGCAGAUGUUUACACCUGGCUAAAGAUGUAGGAGAUUAUAUAUCACAAAAUGCCCAUGAAGCCUUGCGUGGACUCAGAGGGUUUGUGUCUGACGAACUGAAACACUGCCACAUUGAUUGGACAGGGGAAAGAGAUGAUCAUUUUUAGGAAUAUACAUGUAAUCCAGAAAUACAAGUACAGUGCAGAAAACAAUACAAAUAUAACUAAACUUCAAUAUUUAUCAAGAGAUUUUUUACUUCCUGCUUUAUAUCGGUUCCAUUAAUAUUCCUAUUAAGACAUUGCCAUUUUGGACCGUUUGCAAGGUGUUGUAAGAUAAGUCCAGAAUUAACUGAUGAACAGUCAGAAUACGAUCACUUAACAAUUUCUAUAAGACUUUAAGGAAUUUUGAAAUACAUUAUCACCACCAAAGACAUGAACAAGACACAACAUACAACAGGGCUGUCAUAUGGGAGAAUAUGGUCUUAAUAAACCCCACAAGGGAGAUCGCCAUGACCCUCUUGGCCCAACUAUAUGCGACAACUACGGAGAAAUCAACCCGGUACUGCAUGCCCUCCACAAGGCUUUAUACAGAGUGUGUGCAAAUUCCUGCAAGAUAAGUGACUCUCUUCCAGAACCGGUCGGUAAAAACUUGCAUUCACUGAAUGAAAAACGAUGUGCAGAAUUAUGUAAGCUCCGAGAUAGACUUUCCAUUCAGAUACCCUUGUCAUGAAAAUAAGAUUGUGAUCUUGUUGUAAUUGUUUUAAAUUCUUUCUUGUGAUACAUGUAUAUAUAUUUAUAUAUAAAAGCCUUUUAAAUAAAGUAACUGUUUUUAUUCAUAUGAAAA